GGGGGUAUUGAAAUAACUGGGAGCUUGUGGCCAGGGAGGCUGCAAUGCCAAAGCUCCCAUCUAACAGAGAUAAAAAGAGACGCAAAGGGCAUUACUCUAAUCAUGAUGAUGAUGAUGAUGAUGUUAUAUAUAUCCCACCCAUCUGGCUGGGUUCCCCCAGCCAUUCUAGGUGGCUGGGUUUUCCUUUCACCACAGAAAUAGUGAAAGACUUACACUUCAACAGCUAAAUAUCUGGGGCAGGAAAAGGCUUGCAGGGUCUGUGAAGCUCCUUUGGUUUCUUCUUCCCUCUCAGGAACCUGCAGCUUGUUUUGGCUUCUGAACUCCCUAGGAAGUUUGAAAGAGUCUGAUCCUGCAAAGGUAGCGAGGAUGGAAGGGGGAAGAUGGACGGUUGACUUGGUCAGGCUGCCUCCUGCAUCCCUCCCCAAACCUGUUGAGCAUUCCCUCCCAGGACCCUCAGAGAGAUCUGGAACCUGCAGAUUGUUUUCGCUUGGGAGCUCCUCAGGAAGGAUGAAAGAGUCUGAUUCUGCAAACCUAGCGAGGAUGAAAGGAGGAAGAUGGACGGUUGACUUGGUCAGGCUGCCUCCUGAAUCCCACUCCAAAACUGUUGAGCAUUUCCUCCCAGGGCCCUCAGAGAGAUCUGGAACCUGCAGAUUGUUUUCGCUUGGGAGCUCCUCAGGAAGGAUGAAAGAGUCUGAUAAUGCAAACCUAGCGAGGAUGGAAGGAGGAAGAUGGACGGUUGACUUGGUCAGGCUGCCUCCUGCAUCCCUCCCCAAAACUGUUGAGCAUUCCCUCCUAGGGCCCUCAGAGAGAUCUGGAACCUGCAGCUUGUUUUGGCUUCUGAGCUCCCUAGGAAGUUUGAAAGAGUCUGAUCCUGCAAAGCUAGCGAGGAUGGAAGGGGGAAGAUGGACGGUUGACUUGGUCAGGCUGCCUACUGCAUCCCUCCCCAAACCUGUUGAGCAUUCCCUCCCAGGGCCCUCAGAGAGAUCUGGAACCUGCAGCUCGUUUUCGCUUCUGAGCUCCUCAGGAAGGAUGAAAGAGUCUGAUUCUGCAAACCUAGCUAGAAUGGAAGGAGGAAGAUGGACGGUUGACUUGGUCAGGCUGCCUCCUGCAACCCUCCCCAAAACUGUUGAGCAUUCCCUCCUAGGGCCCUCAGAGAGAUCUGCAGGUGGCGCAGACAAUCGACAGAACUCUGCAGAAUGUGGAAUGAGCCUUAUUGAUGGUGGAAACCUUACAAACCAUCAACAAACUCACACGGGGGAAAAACCAUUUCAAUGUAAUGAGUGUGGAAAGAGUUAUAGUAGUAAUGCCACUCUUAAACAACAUCAGCGAAUUCAUACAGGGGAAAAACAAUAUGAAUGUGUGGAGUGUGGGAAGUGCUUCAAUGCGAGUGGAAAGCUUACAAGACAUCAACGGACUCACACAGGAGAGAAACCAUUUAAAUGUAUGGAGUGUGGAAAGAGCUUCAGUGAAAGUUGGUCCCUUCAUAUGCAUCAUCGAAGUCACACAGGGGAGAAACCAUUUAAAUGUAUGGAGUGUGGAAAGAGUUUCAGUUAUAGUUCAAGCCUUGCUUUACAUCAUUACACCCACACAGGGGAGAAACCAUUUGAAUGUAUGGAGUGUAAAAAGAGCUUCAAUGAUAGGGGAACACUUAGAAAACAUCAACUAAUUCACACAGGGGAAAAGCCAUUCAUAUGUAAGGAGUGUGGAAAGAGCUUCCGUUAUAUUAGUUCACUUCGUGUACAUCAACGGACUCACACAGGGGAGAAACCAUUUGAAUGUCUAGAGUGUGGAAAGUGGUUCAGACGAAAGACACACCUCACUUCACAUCGACGAACACACACAGGGGAGAAACUAUUUAAAUGUUUGGAAUGUGGAAAGACUUCCGCUGAUAGUCGAACACAUGCAGAACAUCAACGAACUCACACAGGAGAGAAACCACUUACAUGCAUGGAGUGUGGAAAGAGCUUUGGUCAGAGUUCCAACCUUCGUACACAUCAGCAAACUCACACAGGAGUUAAACCAUUUAAAUGUAUGGAGUGUGGAAAGAGCUUUGGUAAGAGUUCCAGCCUUCGUACACAUCAGCGAACUCACACAGGAGUUAAACCAUUUAAAUGUAUGGAGUGCGGAAAGAGUUUCCGUCAGAUUGCACACCUUAACAUACAUAAACAUACUCACACAGGGGUGAAAGACUUUAAAUGCUUGGAGUGUGGAAAGAGCUUCAGUCGACGACAUAGACUUAGUGAACACCAGAGAACUCACACAGGGGAGAAACCAUUUAAAUGUAUGCAAUGUGGAAAGAGCUUCAGUCACAGUGGAGCCCUUAGAACACACCAGCAAACUCACACAGGGGUGAAACACUUUAAAUGCUUGGAGUGUGGAAAGAGCUACAGUCGACGUGAUAAACUUCGUAAACAUCAGAGAACUCACACAGGGGAGAAACGUAUGGAGUGUGGAAAGAGUUUCCAUCAGAGUGCACAGCUUACUUUACAUAAACAUACUCACACAGGGGAGAAACCCUUUAAAUGUAUGGAGUGUGGAAAGAGCUUCAAUUGGAAGAAUCAGCUUAAUUCUCAUCAACGAACUCACACAGGGGAGAAACCCUUUAAAUGUAUGGAGUGUGGAAAGAGGUUCAGUGAAAGUUGCUUCCUUAAUAUUCAUCAUCGAACCCACACAGGGGAGAAACCAUUUAAAUGUAUGGAGUGUGGAAAGAGUUUCCGUCAGAGUACACACCUUACUUUACAUAAACGUACUCAUACACAAGAGAGAAAUUGGCGGGAGAAUAUAUUUACGGCGAUCUCGGAAGCCGCCUUGGUGUACAGAGCGAAGAUGGAGGAGCGAACCGCAGCUGGCCCUGACGCUGUUGAGGUUGGGAGCCGUGGGACGUACGGGGAAAAGUCUGUCCCAGAGAUCCCGGGGGUGGACGAUGCCAGCUCUGAUGACCAACGCCAGCGCUUCAGAGGGUUACUCUACCAGGAGGCCAAGGGACCCCGAGAGGUUUGCAGCCGACUCCACAGUCUCUGCCGCCAGUGGCUGAAGCCGGAAAGGCUCACCAAGGGCCAGAUGCUGGACCUGGUGAUCCUGGAGCAGUUCCUGGCUGUCCUCCCCCCGGAGAUGGAGAACUGGGUCAGGGAGUGCGGAGCGGAGACCAGCUCCCAGGCGGUGGCCCUGGCAGAAGGUUUCCUCCUGAGCCAGGUUGAGGGGAAGAAGCAGGGAGAGGAGAAACAGGUGCUGCGGUCCCUCCCGCAAGCGGUCGCUGAUUCCCUCGAGUCAGAAAAGGACGUUCCUAAUGCCUGCAAGAACUCACUCUGCGUGGGAAUUGCGCCAGAGAUUCGGACUCAAGAUGCGUCGCUGGCAGGCAAUGGCGUGUUGUCCUUGACCCUCUCCGAAUCAUCCCUCACUUGUGACAGAGCAACAGCAACAGCUUCUGCACAGUCAACUCGGGGUCCCAUGGCCUUUGAGGAAGUGGCUGUGUGUUUUACCGAGGAGGAGUGGGCUCUGCUGGAUCCGGGCCAAAGGGCUCUGCACGGGGAGGUGCAACUGGAGAAUUACUGGAACGUGGCCUCUCUGGAAGGUGAUGAGUGGGAGCAUAAGACUGAUGAAGGGACAUACGGAGAGUCGUCGGAAAGGAACAAGAAUCUAGAAAUGGAAGAGGAGAUUGGAGAUCAAGUUGAGCCAGAAAAGCAGGAAGGAAAUCAAACGGAGAUGUGGAUGAACGGAUCUGUUACGUGGCAGGGUGACAAUUUCCCCGAAAUCUUAGUUCAGCAGGGAAAACAGAAAGGGCAAAGAAAAAAUGUCUGCCCAGUAUGUGGGAAAAGCUUCAAUCGCAAGUCAGACCUUAACGUUCAUUGGAGAAUCCACACAGGAGAGAAGCCAUACAAAUGCUUGGAGUGUGGAAAGAGUUUCCGGCAGCUAGCAAGCUUCUCGUCACAUCAAAGAAUUCAUACGGGAGAAAGACCGUAUAAGUGUUCCGAGUGUGGAAAGGGAUUUUACGACAAAUCGAGUUUGGUAAUCCACCAAAGAAUCCACACGGGGGAGAAACCAUAUCAGUGCUUGGUAUGUGGAAAAGGCUUCCAUCAAAGCUUCGGCCUGACUUCCCACCAAAGAAUCCACACCGGGGAGAAACCGUACGUUUGCUCGGAAUGCGGGAAGAGCUUCUACGAUAAGCCACACCUUACUAGACACCAAAGAAUCCACACGGGGGAGAAACCAUAUACUUGCACGGAAUGUGGAAAGAGCUUCAGCCAAAUCACAAGCUUCACUUCCCACCAGAGAAUCCACACCGGGGAGAGACCCUUCAUGUGCUCUCACUGCGGAAAGAGCUUUUACGACAAGUCCAACCUUCUCACACACCAAAGAAUCCACACUGGAGAGAGACGAUACGAGUGUCAGGAGUGCGGGAAGACCUUCAGUCAGAAAAAGAGCCUCACCUCCCAUCAAAGCAUACACACAGGAGAGAAACCGUAUCAGUGCCCGGAGUGUGGGAAGUAUUUCAGGCAGCAAACGGACCUUACUUCACACCAGAGAAUCCACACUGGGGUGAGACCUUUCCAGUGUCUGGAAUGCGGGAAGAGGUUUUACAGGAAAGCGGAUCUAAACAGACACCAAAAAGUUCACGCUGGGGCUGGGAGACCCAUCAUUGCUUGGAGUGUUGAAAUGGCUUCAGAUGGCGUAUCCAUCUUAUGCCCUCUAGGGGAAUUCACAGAGGAAAGCCAGUGUAUGGCUUCUGAGAUUAAGCAAGAACCCUGUUGCUAGCACAGCCCUUAUUAGCCAUCAGAGAACCCACACAGGGAAUUCAACUCCUCUGCCCCAAAUGAAUGCUUGGGAGUGUUGGGGAGCGUAAAAGAAGCUUUCGGAGAAUUGAAAAGCUUGCUGACUUGUUUUGUGACAUUUCAGUUGUCCCAAAGAAAGGUUUUGCCUUACUGUGGACUUCUCAUUUUGUACUUCCAUUUUUUGCACUUAAGAUUUCUGUAAAAAAAAAAAAAAGUUUUCAUACUAUUCUGAACAAAUGAAUGAAAGCUUCAAGACUUGCAGAUGCAAGAGUUAACCAUGAUACAGAUCGUGAAACUGGUUUUGGACCAUGGUUUCUGUUGGACCAUAUGAGCUUUGCUUGGAGAUCAAGGUCAUCUACAUAGGCCCUCUUGUCAAUUCCAAACCUACGCCUGGGAAGGGGCCUUCCUCUGUCGCCACACCCUACCCAUGGAGAUUUCACAGAACUGUAGAGUUUGACGGGACAGCGGGGACCACCUAGUCCAACCCCCUGCCAUGCAGGAAUGUUUUUGCCCAACCUGGGACUUGAACCCUUGACCCUUAAAUUAAGAGUCUCAUGCUGUACCAACUGAGCUAUCCGAGGUGAUUUGUCCCUCCUCUCUGAUUCACAGCCUUUCAUUGCAGUGUUAAGACCAGCCUUAUGUUUAAGCACUAGCCUGACAGCAUUAGGAGACAAGGAAUUGUGGGCAGGCAAGUGAGGGGGGCAGUAUUCUGUACCCUCUCUGAGUUCAGCACAAAGUGCAAGUGGGUUAGAGGAGGGAUGGGGUUUUCCGGCACUAUUUCCAGCCCACCAUGAGGGUAAGGAAAUAAUAGUGGCAGGCCAGUAAUUUUUGUGAACUUAUUUAUAAGGCCGGUUUAUUUUAGGGACGUCUUCAGCGUUUGGAGGUUGGAUUUGAUUGAUUGAUUUGCCAUAAUUGAUAUAUAAUCUUUGUGGGAUAUUUUCAAUGUUACUUCCUUCUUUUUCUUUUAGAUAUUGCAUGGCCAUGAUUGCAUAAGUAACAUACAUAUUUGGUUUACGCACCUUGUAUUUUCACAUCUUCACUGCAGCAUUUUUUUAAUCUCUCUGAUUAGGAUGGGGUGGGAGAGGAGGCAGAAUGGAAAGCUGUUUGUGAAGUUUGUUUUUGUACCUUUCUGCUUUCUGUUUGGUGCUGUCUUCUCCCUUUUUUGUGUAAUCAAUUUAUAUUGAAAGUUUUCAACAUCAAAUGCAAUAAGAGCAUAAUAAUAAUAAUAAUAAUAAUAAUAAUAAUAAUAAUAAUAAUUUAUUAUUUAUACGCCGCCCAUCUGGCUGGGUUUCCGCAGCCACUCUGGGCGGCUCCCAACAGAAUCUUAAAAACAUGAUAAAAGAUCAGUAAAAGCUUUCCUAAUCAGGGCUGCCUUCAGAUGUCU